AUGUGGGCAACAUCUGCAGCGACCACGCCAAGUUCCACAACAUUUUCAAGUACCGUAGUAACCACCCCGACAAGUGAGGCAUCAUCUACAACAGCCAACUCCGAAACUUCCACCGACAGCAGUGGAACAUCAAGCCAAAGCAAACUCUUUCUCAGUGCUCUCAACCAGUACAGAGAAAUUGCAGCACAGGGAAAAUUCGUGACAAAUUACGGGCAGUCGCUACCUCCUUCUUCCACUAUGUCCUCACUGGUACGUCACUAA